CGUACGUAACGCUACUUCCUCUACGCACUUCCUUAGCAGCGUGCUAGCUGCUAGUCAGCUAGUGUGCUGCGCACCGUGUCUAUGAAUAGUUUCUGAAAUGAUGAGCGGCCGGACGAGCGUGAUAGUAGCCGGGGUGUGUGGAGCCCUGUUCGUCGCAUACUGUAUUUAUUUUGACAGAAAGCGGCGGAGUGAUCCUCGCUUCAAGGAAAAGCUACGUGAACGUAGAAGAAAGAAAGACGUUUCUAGUGCCAAGUCUGGAGUGGCAAGGCUCCCCGACUUGAAGGACGCGGAAGCUGUUCAGAAAUUCUUUCUGGAGGAAAUCCAGCUGGGAGAGGAGCUCCUGUCACAAGGAGACUUUGACAAAGGUGUGGAUCACCUGACCAAUGCAAUCGCUGUAUGUGGUCAACCUCAGCAGCUGCUUCAGGUGCUCCAGCAGACAUUGCCGCCCCCGGUCUUCCAAAUGCUGCUCACCAAACUGCCCACCAUCAGCCAGCGAAUCGUCAACUCUAGCUCUUUAACAGAAGAUGAUGUCGAGUGAAUGACUGUGUGAGAUGGAGAUCUGUUAGCUAAUCAUCAGCUCUCAAUCAAUCUACCCGAAGACGGCAUCAAGUGAAUGCGAGUGAGAUGGAAAUCUGCUAUUACUCAGAUUGUGUGAGUGAUGUGACAGAUAUUUGUGCACUGUUUGGUACGUGGGACUGCAGCCGUGAGCCUUAUUAUGACAGAUCUCGACCUUUGGACAUCAGGUGACAAUGACCCCCCCGCUACCGUGGCACUCCAUGCUUAAAUAACUUCCUCGAGAUUACAUUUGUGGGAAAUGUUGGACACAUUCCGUCUUUCUAAUCUUGUUCCCACCAGAUUUCAUGUUUUCUUUCCUUUUGUUUAUUCUAUUAAUUUCGUUCAGAAGUAAUUGUGUGCUAUAUUGUGGGGGCUUUGCUGAUAUAUCAUGCACUAAUAAAAAAAGGUAUGUAAAUGAUUUGUUACAUAUUGCUGCGCAUUAAAUGUGAAAUGUGUAAGAGUGCCUACACUAGAAGUACACUUGUUUGUGGAACUUUGUUUUGAAAAUAGUUUUUGCAAUGUCAGUUGAAUGUUAUUUUUAUAUUCCAGUCUUUGAUAUCUUGACACAUUUUUGUGUGUGAAAUCCUACAAUAAAACAUGAAAACAUUA